AUGACGGAUUCGUUGACGAACGAGAUAUUGACAAUUGAUGGGUCACUUAUGGAAGGUGGUGGCCAAGUCUUGCGAAAUGUGGUAGCAUUCAGUUGUAUAAUGAAAAAACCAUUAAAGAUUGAAAAUAUUCGUGCAAGUCGUGAUAAACCAGGAUUAAGGCCACAACAUGUUACCGGUCUUCGAUUAUUGCGCGAUAUUUAUCAUGCUAAAUUAAGUGGUGAUGAGGUAGGUUCAAAUACAAUAAUAUUUGAGCCUAAUAAUAUCGCCGUCGAAAAAACUACAUUCUUGGCCGACGCUAAAACUGCUGGGAGUAUAACUUUAAUGAUUCAAAUAUCAUUACCUCCAUUAAUCUUUCUCGCGUUGCCACCAAAAUCAGCUUUUAGUCCUCCACCACCAGCAGUGAACAUCAUUCUAAAAGGUGGUACAAGUGGUAAAGCAGCACCUACAAUUGAUUUUGUGAUAGAAGUAUUUAAACCGAUUGUUGAACGACAUUUCGGAUUAGCUUUUGAUGUCAAUAUAAUUGGACGAGGAUAUUAUCCGAAAGGUGGCGGUGAAGUAAUACUUCGAGUUCAGCCUCUUGUGGGGAAAGCGUUAACUCCAAUUACUUUGUUGGAGCGUGGUCAUCUUGUUAGCAUUAAAGGGCGCGCUACUAUAGCAAAUUCUGCAAACCAGGUGGCACAAAAAAUGAUUAGAAGCGCAACUCGAAUAUUGAAUGAAGCCAAUUUAAAAGGGGAAGACAACAUAACUCAAAUAAAUCCUCGAAUUGAAAUUAAUUACGAAAAAAUCGCUAGUGGAAAGGGAUUUGAAAUUAUAUUGUGGGCUGAGACAAGUACAGGAUGCAUAUUGGCGGGAAGCGGUGUUUAUGAUCGUGAUGCCAAUUUCAAAUUAGACUUAUCGCCGGAGCAACUUGGAGAAAAUGCUGCGAAAGAAUUGAUUUCUAAUUUGAGACAGGGUGGAUGCGUUGAUGAAAAUCUUCAAGAUCAAUUAAUAAUCUUUAUGGCACUUGCAAGGGGAAAAUCGCAACUAUUAAUAGGGGAACCCACAUUACAUACUCGCACAGCGAUUCACUAUGCCCAAAUAAUGACAGGAGUCAGAUUUGAGGUUUCUAAAUUCAGUAAUAACGACAAUAGUACAGCGGUAAGUUCUAAUAUAAUUGAACAAGGCCAGGAGGAUAGCCAUGAAUUAUAUUUAAUUGAGUGUGAAGGAAUUGGUUUGGUUGCCGCUGGUCCAAAGAUAAACGAAGGGUGA